AUGUCCUCAGCCGCCUUUGUCUCCUACUGCACUCCAGGACUAUGCCCAUCUUCAGCCAUGCUCCCACCAGCCGGUCCCCUGCUGUCUCUCCUGCUGGUGACAGGCACAUGUGGCACGGAGCCCAGUCCCUGGGUACCUCCUCAGGGCUGCUACGUGGCCGAAGAAGCUGGUGAGCGGACAUUCCGUUGCAGCCAGGCGGGCCUGAGCACGCUGCCCACCGGCAUCCCCAACGACACACGCAAGCUCUACCUGGAUGCCAACCGGCUGGCCUCGGUGCCCGCAGGAGCCUUCCAGCACCUUCCUAUCCUGGAGGAGCUAGAUCUGUCCCAUAACGUCCUUGCCCACCUCUCGGGGGCCGCGUUCCGGGGCCUGGCGGGCACGCUGCGCCGCCUUGACCUCUCUGCCAACCGGCUGGCCUCGGUGCCCGCAGAGGCCUUCGUGGGCCUGCAGGUCCAAGUGAAUCUGUCCGCCAACCCAUGGCGCUGUGACUGUGCCCUGCAGGAGGUGCUCAGGCAGGUGAGGCUGACACCAGGCCCUGGAACAGGCAUCGUGUGCGGCCCCGGAGCCCGCCCCGACCUCGUGGGGCAGGAGUUCCUGCCUCUGGCGGGCGAGGAGGAGCUGUGUGGGGCGGGGCGGGCCGGGGCCCAGCGGAGCACUGAUGUGGCUCUGCUGGUCACCAUGGGGGGCUGGCUGGCACUUGUGGUGGCUUAUCUGGCCCACUACGUGUGGCAGAACCGGGAGGAGCCCCGACGUCCCCUCAAGCGGGCCCCGGUGCUGCCCGGGCGCUCCGAGGACUCCUCCACCCUCAGCACAGUGGUCUGA